AAAACUGCAACGCCACAGAUUACCACAGACGCUGAAAAAGACAGGCAGUUGCUUAUGAGUGGCGAGCGGCGCCGAUAUCAGCGGAGCGCGGAGCCUAUGGAUUCCGCAUAAGCUCGGCAGGAAAACACGGGCCGAAAACACGCACGGUCGAGCUGGUUAGCCGGGCGCGCCUGCUACACUGACAGGGCAGUGGAGGAGCGAGAGAAGACGCAAGGUAGCGGCUGGUGCGGGCGUACAGCGGGCAUCGGAGUUUCCAGGUUGAUUGUUUCAGGCCAGCCAUGGACCUUAAUUUCAGAGUUCUGAAAGAGCCCAGGGGAUUUAUCCGAGUCCUGCAGUUCGUAUUUUCCAUAUUUGCUUUUGCAACCACAUCUGGCUUUGGGACCACGUCAAUCUUUUCGGUUACCUGUAGCGGUUCGGGAAGCCCAUUCAAAGUCAAUGUCCAGUUUGGGUAUCCAUUCAGGAUGAGCUACUUCCCCUUCCAAGUGCCCCAUUCCUGCCCCAUCACACCCGAUGACACGCUCGACAGCAUUGAGCUGCCCUUCAACUUCGCCAGCAAUGCAGAGUUCUUUGUUGCCACGGGCGUGCUGUCGUUCCUCUACUGUGUGGGCAUUCUUGGCAUUUACCUCUUCUCCAGCAAGAUGUAUGCAGAGAACCAAACUGUACCGAUUGUGGAUCUCGGCCUGACAGCACUGAUGUCGCUCUUCUGGUUUGCGGGAUCGUGCGCCUGGGCCCAGGGAGUGCGAGACGUCAAGUAUUACAUGAGCCCUGACAACAUUAUAAAGUGGCCCGCCAUUGGCAUCUGUAGGGAUAUAGAUAAGGCCCGGUGUGAACAAGAGGCAAGCGGAAGCUUCGCUACUCUCAACGUGUCUUUGAUCUUGGGAUUCUUCAAUGUUCUUCUUUGGAUGGCUGGCUGCUGGUUCGUCUACAAGGAGACCAGCUUUCACGGCCAGCGCCAGCCGCCCCCCGUGGGUGGGGCGGUGCCACCAUUCCCGCAGUCCAACACCCAGUACCCGCCGCAGUCUCCACCACCGAUCCAGAGCCCAACUUUUGGGACACAGUACUGAGACCCAGCACACAUUAAGCUUACUAGUGCGCCUUGGCAAAACCCCGCUGGUGGAAGGUCGUGCCUGGAGGGUCCGAGUUGAGAAAAGCGUGGAAUUGGGGUGUAGUACACCGAGGCCAACUGGCUUGACGUAAUGCUCCUUGGAAAGUUUGAUGCAUUUGUUAAGACAGACCCUUUGAAUUGAUAGACGGGGUAUCUACGAAAGCUAGACGAUAUGAGAAAAGAUGUCAGUCUGGUGGCACUUGUGCAGACAGUGGGGGUGUGAAUGCAGGCAAGUUAUAUUCACUGUGCUGGUGCUCCUAACUUUCUCUCUUUAAAACAUUGAGGUUGGUACAGUGGAUAGAGAAGUGCAGGUGUAAAGCACCUGCCUCCUUUUGUCCUGCCCCAUGCUAGUCACAUGAAAUGAGCUCUACGUGCGUGAUGUGAUUGGCCCAGUCAUCUAAUGUAGGCUGGCACUGAGGCAAAUCUGAAUUUUUGCGAGAGCACAGUCGCCUAUUGAAGCUUAUGCAAUGUAAACUUGAUGGCGAAAUCGCAAUGCGACAUUCCAGUGCAUGUGUCUGCAAAAACUUGCUCUUGCCACGUUAGCAGACAUUAUGUUGUUUCUCGCCACCGCCAUGAAGAUCGUCAUAAAAUGGGGGGACAAACAAAAGGAAGAAGAGGAAGAUAGAAGGGAGAUAAAUGGCACGAAAGUUUAGCUUGCUGGCUAGGCUGCCAUCGUAGUGUUUGGAAAAGGAAAUUUCGUCACGAGAGAGCAUUCGUGCCACCUUCCCUCACUUGGGGUUUUGCCGGUGUGCUGGUGGUUGUAUCGACUCUUCCAUAGGCUGGCCCAUUAUAUUUACACUGCUUCUUUUAUGGCAUACUGAUAAAUCUGAAGAAUAGAGACUUCUUUUCUUUUUCUUUCUAAAAGCUGCUAAGUCUGUUAAAACACUGAAUUGGAUCUAGUUGCUUUGCUUUAGGAAAGCAGAAACAUACCUCUGCAAGUGUUUUGACAUUUGAAGCUUAUAAACCGAGACAAAUGGCAUCUAAGAUAUGCUAACCGAAGUGCAUUCACAAAAGUUUCGUCACUCUCAAUGUAAAGUUUGCCUAGCCGAUACGGGCAGCAAAAUCCUCACAAGCUGAUGUGAAGCUUGCCCAUUAACAUUUCUUUUGGUUGUGCUUUCUCAAGGCUGUUUUGCAGAAUGGAUGCAUUUAUUUUAUUUUUGGCUUUUGCCAGCAGCUGCCAUCAUGUCAUGCAGACCUGCUGCUUGUGCUCUGUAACAUGCAAUGGUUAUUAUUGUUUCUGUAACAUUUCAUUUGCAGACAUUGUUCGGAUAAAAGAGCAGAAACUAAAUGCCUGCUAAACUUGAACAAUAUUUUGAUGUUGUGUGUGAAGCAUUCAGCCUUAAAUAUGAUUUUGUUGAGCUACUAAAGCUAAGAGCUUAUACAGAAGCAGAUUGUUGUCCAACAUUCUUUGCCUUUUGAUACUAUGAUGUUGAGUGUUGCAUGUUUUGUUUCUACUACUUCAUUUAUGGCAUGCCUGAAUUCUUACCAUUUCUGCAGCGUAGUCAAACACAGACUUGUAUGUUUUUUUCUCACCUACUUAUAAUUAACAUAGUUUCAGGUUGUUAUAGUUGUGGAACUGAAGAAAGCGUUCAUAGUGCUUGUUUUACACUGUGCAGUUGUCGUACAGUUCAUUUUUUGUUGUUUUUCGUUCGACAUAGCAAUACAUACAGACUUUGUAUGAUGGCAUGUUAUAGGCCUUGCCUCUUCAGCCACUUAGGUCGUGAGUGUGGUUCGGGAUGAUAGCACAGUUAAAUUUGAGACUGCCUGUGAAUUGGUUUGAAGAGUGGACCUACUUUUAAGUAUGUGUGUGCGUUUGUAUACAUUAUUGGAGAUCAGAGAACAGUGUUUCUCUGGGUUCUCACCCUUAAAGUCUGCUUUUUUUUAUGUGAAGUCCCCUCAACUGCCUAUGCAGUUUAUGAACAAGAGCGCUUUUUAGUUAUGGCAGCAGAAGCUAAGCUGGCUUCGGCUUGCGCCGGCUUCCCUGCAUAGAGUGACGAGCAGCAGACUAUUUAAAGGGUCGCUCAUUAGGCCUGGACAUCACUAAUAUGUUCUCUCAGGUAAACGCUAGCUGAAGCUCUGUUCUUUGGGAACGUUUGAAUAACAUGUUUUUCUUCGUUUGAACAGUCAGUUUCUACAGUCCCAAGAUGAGCGUGUUAAGGACAUUCUAAUGAGUUUUUUUUUUACAUAACAGCACAUGUUUUCACUUUAGCAUUUAUUUCACUGUUGUGAAGGCCUAGAUAACCAUUUGGUUAUACCGGUGGGGAACAAUGUGAGAACUACGUAGCUUGCAUUCGUUGCAAAAUAAGUGUUGAGUUGAUGUAAAUAACUUCAUCUAAAUCUCUUUUAGAGCUGGGGCGUGUAAACCAGUGUAAUGUUAACUCUGCAUUCUGAAGACCAGAAGCCAUGUUUCUUUCUCUGUAGCAUUCGUUUACUUAGAAACAUUGCACUAACUGCACUCUUCAGUUUAUCAUGCAAAACAUGUGCGAGGUUGCUUUGCGUCGGUCAACUUUUGACGAAGCACACGAAAUGGUUUCGGACUGCCAGUUGUUGGUUUUCAGCAUGCAGUGUAUGAACAUUUUUGUCACUUUCGAAUUGCAAUGCAAAAGUGUGUGCCGAAAGAGGUGCAUUAGACUUCUGUCCCUGAAUCUUCAAGCUUGAAACAUGCAGGCAGAACACCUUAAACUGGUUUGCCUAACGCAGGAUGAUGUUUAAGGGGCCCCAUUAUGUUUAUAUGGUCAACGUGAGACUACUAUGUUACUUUAUAUAGGUUGUGAUUGUAUUACUCAGGUUUCUUUACUACGAAGUGAACUGUUCACUUUAACAGUGUUUUUUUUUUUCGGUUAUGUAUGUAGAUAAGCCGUAGCAGACAUUUUAUUUACCUCGCGUGUUGCACGUAUACAUUGCAAAUCAAGACCGUUGUGGCAGAUGUUGUGCGACUGUUGUGAUGACAUUGCUAUUAAUAUUGCUAUUAAUGUUCAGUGUACUUACUUUUUGGUGCAUCAUGGUACUCUUGUAUUUUUCUUGUAUGGAGUGUUACUUUUAACUCUGCAUUAAGUUUUUUAGAGUUUGCAGAGUGGUUGGCAGAGAAUUCGUUUUUCACAGUGGGUCUGAAAAAAUUCUUUCACAAAUACUCACACAUGUCUACUUCAGCUCCUGUGCAAACCCGUUUUUUUUUUUUAGUACAAGCACAUUCCAUAUUUGUUUUUUAUAGCAGUUUUGUAUGCUGCCGAAAAUCUUCAAAACAUGGCCUCUGCAUAUUGGUGGCCUUAUAUUACCACAGUUUACUUAUUGCCUAGUUUGAUGUCAGCUGUUAUUUUCAACAGUUUUGUUAUUUUGACAUUGUUCGUUCUAUAUACAAAUUGCCUGUUUGAUGGAGGGCAAAAACAAGUGCUUAUUAGGCAUACAAAGGAUACAACAUCCAUCAGUGUUUCCCAUGUAAGAAAAUCAGCCUAUGCGUUUGAUGUGUGGAGUCAGAAGACCAAUAACACAUGCACAUUUUGUUGGCAUGUGGCGAGUUAGUCUGCAUUUAUUUUUUCUUUGCACGUUGUGUUAAGUGCAGAUGUUAUAUUUAUGUCAUUGCUCCAAUGAUCUUGUGUGUAGUGCAGAUUUGCCAACCUUUGAAGUUUGCGGAAUGGAAAGAAAAAUGUAGAAGGAUCUGCCAGGAAGAACUUGUGCAUUGUUUACAUACUCAUUUGAGGAGUGCAUUUGUUUACCAAAUAGCAUGUUGUUUUUUCACGUAUAUGACAUUUACAGUGCAAACGAAGGUGCUUGUGUUUAUUUGGUGGUCUUGUUUGUUGAAAGUUCAAAAUCUGGUGCCAUCUGUGUGACACUUGUACAAAAGAAGCCAAUAUAUAUAGAUAUAUAUAUAUCCCUCUUUUAGCUUCGCAUUGGUGAGUAUAACCAAUGAAGAGCCAGCAAUAAGCAGUGGCUACCGCGUAGGCUUUGUCGCUUCCAUGCAUGGUGUGGUGGUGACUAUAUAUUGGGAUUUCAUUGGUGUUCCUACUCACAGAGGCUCUAUAGAAUUGUGCUUGUGUACAUCUCAUUCUAGCACGUUACACGGUAUUGUUGCAUUGGAAAGUAUCAAUUGAUUGUGAAAUGAUAUAAUCCGGUGAAUGGUGGCACUUAUAAUCUUGGUGCCAUUUCAAGCAGAGUUGGUGGGCAUAAACGAAAGGCUUGUGUCGCUGGAACACUACCGCUGCGUUUCUCCCGGCAUGAAAUUGGACUUUAUUGGCCAGUGUGCUGCUGUGACCGUUAAGUACAAAAUAAGUGUUUAAAAAGUUGUUUUGGAGCUCUCAAAAUUAGCCGCACUGCAGACUAGGCUCAACUUUACGUUGCGAAUGCAGUGGCCCUUGAAGGGUGUUGCUCCUGAGAAAUGUGAAAAAUUAUGGUCAACGUAAAGAGUGUUCAUUUAAAAUGAAGCUAUACAUUGUUGCAAGCUGAAGUCGCAAUUUUGUUCUUUUAUUUUUCCUGCCUGCAAGUAACAUAAUUGUCUCUUUAUUUUAGUACCUUGUGCUACGACCCAAGAAACUUGAUGUUUGUAGUGGCUGUCAUACCAUCAGUUAUAUCCUAAAUGCUAUGCUUGGUGUAAAUUGGCAUAAAGGAUAAAUUGUUGUGGGUGCAGUUCUGGACAUCGGCUUUAUUUAGUGGCAUAACCUUUAAACCAAGCCCCCCAAGCCUUCUGUAUCUGCUACUAUUGACAAGAUACAAGACACCCUGUUAGGCAGAGCACAUAAGACUAUUGCUGUUUAGGAACUGUGGUACUUUAGCGUUGUGUAAAAAUGUGCGUGUGUGUGGAUGUGCAAGAAUAUACACGUGAGUGAAGAAAGUGAGAAGUAACAUAUACGCCAUAUACCGCACUUCUUUUUGAAUGUUAAACUGUUAAGGGGGCAACUGAAGUAGCAAUGAUGGACUACUUGAUGCACCAUGCAGCGUUAGAAUCUGCAGCUAUUUUUCUGCCCUAGCCUAGCGAGCAUUUUUGCAUGGUGCGUGACCUGCGAUGCUCCGAACACGUUGGCCACCCCUGCACGCACUGUAGCUUGCACAUCUGAAACUGAUCAACUGGCGCGUUUGACGCGGCCGCUAUGCGUCAGUGGAGAGCCACUGCUUACUGCCACGCACACUGUGCUGCGAAACAUCACCCGGAUUGCCGUGCAGACCUGCAUUUCAGUGCACUGGUGACUUUGUUUAAAUAAAGAAGUGCUUGGUCGUGCCCCCUUUCCAUGAACAGUUUAUGGUUUGAGCGCUUCGCUUGUUUUGCGUUGAGUGGCAACGGCUGCUGUCUCUUUUCUGCUUUUGUAUGUCUGUGUGGAUGCUGUUGUUUCUUGGAUUUCCCUGAGUUUCAUCAAACUUUGCUCACAAGCAUGCGUGUAGGGCACACCGGUCGGGACACUGCUCGCGUGUCCGAAAGAGCGCACUGCCAGCUCUCUUCUCUCUCUAGCUAUCUUGCAUGCUUGUUGUUGUGGCCUCUGCUGUUUCGGCCCGUUUGUGGCUUCACUACUUUGAAAACGCGCAGUGUGGAUGAAGCAAACGCCGUGCCAGCCUGACAGCUUUCUUAUCCAAAGGCGACCAGUUCCAACUGACCGACCAUGAUGUUAUCAAAGUCCUACCGUGCUUCCAUGCCUUGCCUAAUUAAUCUCUGUCACCUUUCCGUUUAGGAGAGACUGUGGCAAAGUUCGUGAAGGACAUGUUCCAUUCUCCCAUUUUAGUUUUUAGAGCUUUAUAUUUAUGUUAUUCUCGUCUAGUUUCGGGUGAUUGGGAGUUCAUGUGCUGAGCUGCUCCUUGUGGUGUUAUGCAAGUGACCGAUUACAGACACUAAGGAUAGGUGCUGUCGAUCAGCGACAGCUACAGUUUCCAUGGCCUACACAUUGUAGCAGCUUAUGGCAACACCGUAUAGAAACUUUGUGGUGCAACAUAAAGAAGGUCAAGAAAAAAAUGCAGUUGUAAAAAAUCUGGGAACAUCCUUAAAGCACCAUCUGUAGCUGCCAUGAGGUGAUAUGCCUUAGGUACAAACUUUGAGUUCUAGGCAUCUGAUAUCAACUGUGCGUGUCACGAGGAGAACCUGUUUUAGUAAUAGAAUUUCACAAGUUUUAAGUGAAGCAAGCAGCAUUUGAUUGACUUGCUCCACCUGGUCACUCGUGCCAAGCGAAGUAUCGACAAAUAAAACGACUCGGGGAAGAAUGAAAUGCUCUGCAGAUAUCGACACUAAAUGGCUUCUUUGGAAUACAAUAUAGGUGACUGCAAUAUAGGUCAUUUCUGAAUCGGAGGAUUGUGUCAGUUUUUUCCUGGCUAAAAAAACGCUGGCUCCUACACACCCACUGGUGGCAUUAUGCAUUUCACAUCAAGCUUUAGUGCAGCAGUUUCUUGUUCCAUGAGAACUAAAUGAAAAGUAUGCUGCCGUACGCCAGACAAACUGGAUAGUUCUGGUUGGAAAAAAUGGUUCUUGCAUCUAUACAGAGAUCAAAUAGGCCUUAAGCUGUGGUCAUGCAGCAUCAAAGUGAAAAGGAAGAAAUAAGAUGGGUUGAAGUAACGUUUUCCUCGUUGCUGAAUAUUUUGUUAGGCACGGAUGGUGGUGGUGUUCUUUUUGGUUAGAAGAUGGACUGUGCUUAGUUUAGACAGAUUCUCAAUGAAAUGGUUGAAAUGAGCGAAUGCUGCACUAAAGCUUAGUAAUUUAUUGAAGGUACUACCAGCACUUGCUGCAGUGUAAAAUUUUUGGCAUGAUUGAGCUAUCUGUCUGACCAGUUAGUUUACAGCCGCUGCCAUAACAGACCCACUGGUCAACAUAUUUGCUUCUCCAAAGGCAUGCUAUAGUGUUGUGUAAAGUGGUUCCCUAGCAAGACACUUGUGCACGCAUGUAAAUUUACAAAAGUAAAUGUUAGCGACUUGGGGUCUGCAAUGGAACUUUCCGCCAGCACCCGUGUUUUCUUAAUUUAAGGUUUUUUUUUUUCUUAAUUUAAGUUGACAUUUCCUCUCUUGUGAAGGGCAAUCUACUAGGUGUGCCACUACACCGCAUGCGUAUAUACAGUCUUCACAGUAUGUGUUGUGUGUGUCGUGUGCCUGAAUGCCAUAGAAAGAGCAAAGUUAUUGCAUGCCGCUCGUCCCUUUUUUUUUGUGUAAGACCUCCCAUGCGUGACCAGUGUUCAAAGCUGUCUCAGAGGAACCUGUUACUGUUGACACUCUUGAGAGAUGUACAUAGUACAUAAUGUAAAUGUCCAAGAGAAUAUAUUACUGGAAAUAAAGCUUCGAAACGUGAA